AAUCUGUAUGUGGAUCUCUAUCACAUAGCUUCAGUGUCGGGGGAAAAUCUCUGCGCGCGGCAUUUACGUGCGUCUCUUUCUGAUCUGCCACGGGUGGUUAUAAAUGUGCGAGUGUGUGUGUGUGUUUCAGCCAUAAGAGAUGAAGUCUGUGCUGUGCGCUUUAGUGACGGCCGUGAUCGCGCUACAGUGUGCCGAAUGCAUAAAGAGGACAUAUUAUAUAGGCAUAAGAGAGGAAGACUGGAAUUACGCACCAGACGGAAACCUUGUCAACAGUGAUCUAAACGAAGACGCAUCAGUUUUUCUGACAAAUGGCCCUAGCCAAAUAGGAAGAGUUUACAAAAAGGCUGUGUACAGACAGUACACCGAUGACUCUUAUUCCAAAGAAAUACCUAAACCUGCGUGGCUUGGCUUCCUUGGACCUAUUUUACGGGCUGAGGUCGAUGAUGUCGUGGAGGUGCAUAUGAAGAACUUCGCAAGCAGAGCUUAUUCUCUUCACCCACAUGGAGUCUUCUAUAAGAAGGAUUCAGAAGGAGCGUUGUAUCCCGAUGGCACCUCUGGUCAUGAUAAGAGGGAUGAUGCGGUGGCUCCGGGUCAGAACUGGACGUACACCUGGGAGGUCAGGCCAGAGUACGGCCCUACUGAAGCAGAUGCCAGCUGUCUCACCUGGGUGUACCACUCGCAUGGAGACGCACCUAAAGACAUUGCAUCAGGGCUUAUCGGAGCUCUGCUCACCUGCAAGAAAGGCACUCUGAGCUCCAGCAAUAAGCGCUCUGAUGUGGAUGAAGAUUUCAUUUUGAUGUUCAGUGUGGUGGAUGAGAACUUAAGCUGGUACUUGGAGGAGAAUGUUGAAAGAUUUUGCUCUGAACCAGAUGAAACAAAACAACUUAUGAAAAAUGUAGAUGAGGAUUUCAGAGAGUCCAACCUCAUGCACUCAAUCAAUGGAUAUGUGUAUGGCAAUUUGCCUUCACUGAAAGUGUGUGUUGGGCGUCCUGUAUCUUGGCAUCUCUUUGGCAUUGGCAAUGAAGUGGACAUUCAUUCCGCUUAUUUCCAUGGACACACCCUCAUGGAUCGCAUGCACCGCACAGAUGUUCUUAGUCUGUUUCCUGCAACUUUUGUCACCGCAACAAUGAUCCCGAGAACACCUGGAAAAUGGUUGUUAAGUUGCCAAGUCAACGAUCAUAUAAAAGCAGGUAUGCAGGGCUUCUAUGAGGUCUCGAGCUGUGGGUCAGCGACCUCUCCAGCACAAGCCCCUGGCACUGAGAGACAUUUCUACAUUGCUGCUGAAGAGAUGGAUUGGAACUACGCCCCUUCAGGAAUGAACUACAUGGAAAAUGAAACGCUCACUACACGAGACAGUGACUCUGAGCCGUACUUCAGUCGUGAUGGUGGUAAACUGGGUGGAACUUACCGCAAGGCCAGAUACAUUUCAUACACUGAUGAAACAUUUACUACCAAAACACAUAUUGUGGGCUCAGAUGAGCAUCUUGGAAUUCUGGGUCCUGUCAUCAGAGCAGAGACUGGUGAUGUUAUCAUUGUGACAUUCCUCAAUAAAGCUACGCGUAACUACAGCAUUCAGCCGCAUGGUUUGCAUUAUGAGAAGGCCUAUGAAGGAGCAAAGUAUCAAGAUGGUACUCAGAAAGUUGGAGCCUCUGUGGCUCCUGAUCAACAGUUCAUCUAUCACUGGAGAGUAAUUGAAGGUCCCUCUGACGAUGAUCCACCUUGUCUUUCAUACUUGUACUAUUCCGCUGUCGAUGCUGUUCGGGACAGUAACUCUGGUUUAUUUGGGCCCAUUCAAGUGUGCAAAAAAGGUGUUCUUGAUGGAAGUUUGCAUCAGCGUGCUGACAAAAUUCAGCACGAGUUUUUCCUGCUAUUCUCUGUGAUGGAUGAGAAUGAAAGUUGGUAUCUGGAACAGAACAUUAAAAAGUUUGGCAGUGGUGAUUCAAAUCCAAAUAAUGAAGAGUUUCAGGAGAGCAAUAAGAUGCAUGCGGUAAAUGGCUACAUGUAUGGAAACCUGCGUGGUCUGGAUUUGUGUAACGGGGAACAUGUUGUGUGGCACACACUUGGCUUGGGCACAGAGGUGGAUAUCCAUGGGAUCUAUUUUCAGGGUAACACGUUUCAGCGUGAUGGGAUGAACCGUGACACUCUCAGCAUUUUCCCGCAUACCACAGUGACUGUUAGCAUGACACCCGACAACAAUGGCCAGUUUGAGCUGAGCUGUCGUACAGCUGAUCACUACAAGUCGGGCAUGCGUCAGCAUUACAGAGUCAAGCCCUGCGAAACCACUCCUGCACCAGAGCGCUUCACCUCCACAGUGCAGUACUAUAUAGCAGCAGAGGAAGUUUUCUGGAAUUAUGCACCAAACCGAACAUGGGAACUAGAGAAGCACAACGCUACACUCGAGGAUAGCCCUGGAAGAAUUUACCUAGAACAAACAGAUGAUCAUAUUGGUGCUGAAUAUAAGAAGGUGGUGUUUCGUGAAUACACAGAUGAGACAUUUACCAACAAGAAGGCCAUGCGUCCAGAUGAGGAGCACUUGGGGAUAAUGGGACCCAUCCUUAGAGCUGAGGUUGGUGAGAUGAUUCAGGUUGUGUUUAAAAACAAAGCCAACAGGCCAUAUUCUGUUCAUGCCCAUGGAGUGAAGACCAGUGAACCCCAUCAGAAUGGUGUUUCUCAAGGUCAUGUGGUGACAUACAACUGGACCAUUCCAGAACGAUCAGGUCCGGGUCGCGCUGACUCAAACUGUAUAACGUUUGCCUACUACUCUUCUGUCAGCUUUGUUGAGGACUUGAUGAGCGGUUUGGUGGGUCCACUGAUAGUGUGCCGUAAAGGCACCCUGGACACUGAAAGACGGAGGAAAGACGUUAAAAAAGAGUUUGCCCUUCUUUUCAUGGUGUUUGAUGAAAAUGAGUCCCACUACCUGGAUGAAAACAUAAAACUGUACACCAAGGGUGACGAACUAGACAAAUAUAGUGAGGAAUUUAUGGAGAGCAACAAAAUGCAUGGUAUUAAUGGAAAGAUGUAUGCUAACCUCCAUGGGUUAAAUAUGACAGAGAAAGACAAGACCGAGUGGUAUUUGUUAGGACUGGGGAACGAAGUGGACAUGCACACUGUGCAUUUCCAUGGGCAGAGCUUCAUUUACAAGACGGGUCAUUCUCAUCGUGCUGAUGUAUACGACCUAUUCCCAGGAACAUUUCAGACCAUAGAACUGACUGCAGGGAUUCCUGGACAGUGGCUGCUGCACUGUCAUGUGACCGACCACAUCCAUGCGGGGAUGGAGGCGCUUCUCACUAUUCAUUCUAAAGGGUCUCAGUCAACAAGGAUCAGUGGUGACCAAAAUCUGGACAGUGGCUUCGGCCAUUUUGGAAGCCUUUACUCUGUGAUGUUGUGUGCCCUUGGAUCGGUCCUAUUGACCUUGUUGUAACCCACUGAUACAAAAGAUAAAAUUGACCAUACACCCAACAACAUGAAUAUUUAUUGUUGCUCACUACUUAGUUACCUCAUCCGGCUUUCUCACUGUAUAGCUGUUAGGUAAACAGAAGCUUUUGGGGAUAAAACAACUCUUAA